AGACUCUCGACACCACUCGACCCCACACAAUCUUAAACAGAACAACCACAGCCAUCAUCCAUCAUGGGCAGCAUCGAUAUCCCCUCUGAACAGUGGGCGCAGGUCGUCGAAAAGACCGGCGGACCCGUCGUCUACAAGAGAAUCCCCGUCCAGAAGCCCGGCCCCGAUGAGGUCCUCGUCAACAUCAAGUACUCGGGCGUCUGCCACACCGAUCUCCACGCCAUGAUGGGCGACUGGCCGCUCGACACCAAGCUGCCCCUGGUCGGCGGCCACGAGGGCGCGGGCGUCGUCGUCGCCCGCGGCGAGCUCGUCAAGGACAUCCAGAUUGGCGACUACGCCGGCAUCAAGUGGCUCAACGGGUCGUGCCUCAGCUGCAACUACUGCAUGAACGGCGACGAGCCCCUGUGCCACAAGGCCCUGCUGUCGGGCUACACCGUCGACGGCACGUUCCAGGAGUACGCCAUCGCAAAGGCGGCGCACGUCGCCCGCAUCCCCAAGGAGUGCGACCUCGAGAGCGUCGCGCCCAUCCUGUGCGCCGGCAUCACCGUCUACAAGGGCCUCAAGGAGUCGCUCGCCCGCCCCGGCCAGACCAUUGCCGUCGUCGGCGCCGGCGGCGGCCUCGGCAGCAUCGCCCUGCAGUACGCGAAAGCCAUGGGCCUGCGCUCCAUCGCCAUCGACGCCGGCGACGAGAAGCGCGACCUGUGCAUGCGCCUCGGCGCCUCCGCCUUUGUCGACUUCUCCACCAGCAAGGACCUCGUCGCCGACGUCCGCGCCGCCACCGUCGACGGCGAGGGCCCCCACGCCGCCCUCCUCGUCGCCGCCCAGGAGAAGCCCUUCCAGCAGGCAACCGAGUACCUGCGCUCAAAGGGCGUCCUCGUCUGCAUCGGCCUGCCCGCCGGCGCCAGGCUCAGCGCCCCCGUCUUCGACACCGUCAUCCGCAUGAUCACCAUCAAGGGCAGCUACGUCGGCAACCGCGCCGACACCCAGGAGGCCCUCGACUUCUUCCGCCGCGGCCUCAUCACCGUCCCCUUCAAGACCAUUGGCCUCAGCCAGCUGCAGGACAUUUACACACUCAUGCACGAGGCCAAGAUUGCCGGCCGCUACGUUGUCGAUCCUACGAGAUAA